GGUCCUCCCCCCCCCGUCCCGCCACCAGCCCCCCUUUGGCAGCUCCCUCCAGUGCCCGCUCUCCCUAAAUCUCCUGCCAAGACCAAGAAAGUCCCGAGGAGAUGGUGACGGUGAAGCCCGAGAAGGGCGAUGGCGACGCCAGUAGCACCAGCAGCGCCGGCGGUGGUGAGAGCCAGGAAUCGCAGCCUUCCCCCCUGGCCCUGCUGGCUGCCACCUGCAGCCGGAUCGAGUCUCCCAACGAGAAUUCCAACAGUUCCCAGGGCCAACAAGGCGGAGGAGGAGGAGGAGAACUGGACCUGACGGCCGCUGCCGCCCAGAUCGCCCAGUCGGCCAACGGCUGGCAAAUCAUCUCCGCCGGUUCCAGCACCCCCACGGCCUCCAAGGAACAAGGAGGCAACGGUAACGGAGGUGCCACCACCACCACAGCCACCACCAACAAUAACAACGGGGGAGAUGGUUCCAAAAGCCGGCCGGUGAGCGCGGGGCAGUACGUGGUGACCACGGCUUCCAACCUGCAGAACCAGCAGGUUCUCACCGGCCUCCCGGGAGUCAUCCCCAACAUCCAAUAUCAGGUCAUUCCCCAGUUUCAAACCAUCGACGGGCAACAGCUCCAGUUUGCCACCACCCCAGCCCAAGUCAACGUCCAACAAGACGCUUCCGGGCAGCUCCAAAUCAUCCCCGGCACCAACCAGCAGAUCAUAACGAGCCGAGCUGGGACCAGUAACCUCAUCGCCAUGCCCAACCUUCUCCAGCAGGCCGUCCCCAUCCAAGGGGUGGGUUUGGCCAACAACACCCUCUCGGGGCAAACCCAAUACGUGGCCAACGUCCCCGUGGCCCUCAACGGCAACAUCACCCUCUUGCCCGUCAACAGCGUGGCCGCCAGCUUGGCUCCCACCUCCCAGACGGUGACGUUGAGCGGCUCCGGUUCUCCGGAGAGCAGUUCCCAACCGGCCACCUCAGGGGCCACCAUCAGUUCCACCAACGCGGCCACCUCUCACGCCACCAGUUCGGGGGCUUUUUUUACCAACGCCAACAGUUAUUCUACCACCACCACCACCAGUAACAUGGGCAUCAUGAAUUUUUCCACCAGUUCCACGGUGGGAACCAACGUCCAAGCUCAGACCCCUCAAAGGGUGAGCGGAGUCCAGAGCUCGGACUCUCUGCAGAGCCAAGUUUCUGGGGUGGCUUUGCAACCCGGCCAACAAAAAGAGGGGGAUCAAAACCAACAAUCCCAACAGCAGCAGCAGAUCCUCAUCCAACCUCAAUUAGUCCAAGGAGGGCAAACCAUCCAAGCCCUCCAGACCGCCCCCCUCUCUGGCCAGACCUUUGCCACCCAGGCCAUCUCUCAAGACGCCCUGCAGAACCUCCAGCUCCAAGCUGUCCCCAACUCAAGUCCCAUCAUCAUCCGGACUCCCACCGUGGGUCCCAACGGCCAAGUGAGCUGGCAGACCAUCCAGCUCCAAAACCUUCAGGUCCAAAACCCCCAGGCCCAGACAAUCACCUUGGCCCCCAUGCAAGGGGUCUCGCUGGGACAGACGGCCAGCACCAGCACCACCCUCACCCCCAUCGCCUCCCUCCCCAGCGGCACUGUCACCGUCAACGCCGCCCAGCUCUCCUCCGUCCCCGGCCUCCAGACUAUUAACCUCAGUGCCUUGGGAGCCUCGGGCAUCCAGGUCCAUCAGCUUCAAGGGCUACCACUGGCCAUCGCCAACGCCGCCGGUGACCACGGGGCUCAGCUGGGACUUCACGGGGCCAGCGGGGACGGGCUGGGGGACGAGAACGCGGCGGUGGAGGAAGGAGAGACCAGCCCGGACCCCCAACCCCAGCAGGGACGGAAAACCCGGAGGGAAGCCUGUACCUGCCCCUACUGCAAAGACAGCGAAGGGAGGAGCUCCGCGGAUCCAGGGAAGAAGAAGCAGCACAUCUGCCACAUCCCGGGCUGCGGGAAGGUCUACGGCAAAACCUCUCACCUGAGAGCCCACCUCCGGUGGCACACGGGGGAGAGACCCUUCAUCUGUACCUGGUUGCUCUGCGGCAAACGCUUCACCCGCUCCGACGAGCUCCAGCGGCACAAGCGCACGCACACAGGGGAGAAGAAGUUCGCCUGCCCGGAGUGUCCCAAACGCUUCAUGAGGAGCGACCACCUCUCCAAGCACAUCAAGACCCACCAGAACAAGAAGGGAGGCCCGGCCAACAACGUGGCCAUGAACGUCUCCGCCGUCCCCAUGGACACUGGGGCUUCGGCGGAAGGGAACGGCGGGGCCACCCCCUCGGCCCUCAUCGCUACCAACAUGGUGGCCAUGGAAGCCAUCUGCCCGGAGGGCAUCGCCCGCUUGGCCAGCAGCGGCAUCAACGUCAUGCAAGUGGCCGACCUUCAGUCCAUCAACAUCAGCGGCAACGGCUUCUGAGGCCGGUGGGGGGGUGACACCCAACCCAAAGGAGGGGGGGGCUACCCAAUGCGGCGACGGCGGGGCCACCACGGGGGGCCAGCAGAGACGACGCCGGGGCAACCUCCCGUCACCCCAACGAGGGGCCACCUCCCUCGUCACCUCCAGCACUAAACCCCCCCCCAAGAGCUCCUCUCUCCUGGGACCGCAGCCCCCCCCUCGAGGGCCCGGUGACCACACACGAAGGCCAGAGCUAUAUAUAUAUAUUUUUUAAUUUCGGCUUCA